AUGAGUAUAAGACAAGCUAUAUUAAAAGCAACGGACGCUAAGUUAAGGGCUGAUAACUGGCAAUAUAUCCUCGAGGUUUGUGACCGUGUUAGUGAGGACCCCGAAGAUGGUGGCGAAGAGGCUGUCGAAGUUAUAGAGCAAAGGCUGGGGCAAAAGGACGCUAAUGUUGUACUUAGAACGCUUUCACUCAUCAUUUCGUUGGCAGAGAAUUGUGGGUCACGAUUAAAGCAGGCGAUAGACUCUAAGAAGUUCACCAAGCUUCUAUUGUCACUGAUAGAGAACAGAUCAGUUCAUAACGAGGUGAAAAAAGAGAUCGUGAAGACCGUCCAGCAAUUAUCACAGUCAUUCAACGAUGAUCCCUCUUUACGUUACAUGAGUGAUUUGCUCAGACAAAUAACGAAAAGCUAUCCUAUGCUGCUGAAUGAUCAACAACCAAGCGUUCCUUCCAAAAAAGAGAUGACACUAGAUUCCAAGCAAAAAGAGGAGAAAGAGCUUGAAGAGGCUUUAAAGUUAUCGCUAGUCGAGUUUGAAAAUCAGAAAAACACGCAACAUUCACCAGCUGCACAACAGCAGCAACAAGACGAACCAAGGCAGCAAAAUGCAGCAAGGCAACAAGGGCAGGUGGAAGGCCUUGCGGCUCCUGCCUUAGUUAAAAAAGUAAGAGCUAUGUAUGAUUUAUCAGGUACAGAGCCAGAUGAGCUAUCAUUUAGUAAGGGUGAUGUGAUAAUUGUAUUGGAGCAGGUUUAUAGGGAUUGGUGGAGGGGCACAUUAAGAGGGAAAGUGGGGAUAUUUCCAUUGAAUUAUGUUAUGCCAAUAGAAGAACAAUCACCACAAGAAUUGCGGAUGGAAAUAGAAAAGGAAAACAAAAUAAUGGGACAAAAGGCCAACGUUGACCAAUUAUACUUUACGCUGAAAAGUGCCAAAAGCGGAAAUAAUGAAAAUCUUGGUGACCCAACUCAAAAUCCAGCAAUAAACGAUUUAUAUGGAUCAGUUACGCCAUUACGACCAGAGGUCGCAAAAAUGAUCGGUAAAUAUGCACGUAAGAGAGAGGACUUGGUGUCACUGCGCCAGGUCUUAGCUAAUGCUGAAGUAACAUACAACCAGUUACUAGAUCGCGCAACAAACGCGUACACGUCUCCCAUUCCAAUGGCUCAGAGUCAGCCAUUCGAUGCGCGUGUACAGGAGCACCAUUCUUAUCAAACACAACCAUCGGAAAAUGGUAAUAAUACACUUCAACAGAUGCAGCAAACAAGGCAGCAAGAUCUAUAUCCCAUGCCUCAAGCACAGCUUCCCCAACCGCCUCAAUAUGGGGCGAAUUACGCUCAAACUCAUACACUAUUUCAAGCUCCAUCAUAUACAUCGCGUACAGAAUAUUGA